GGCUAGGUGUAUGACAUGCGCUGCCCUUUUAGUCCUCAUCACGACCCCCGGAGGUCAGCAUUGGCACCUGCAAAACCCAGACAGGAGGAGGCCAGUGGCGGUGGAGGAGAUGACCGUGUGCGGAACCUGCGGAGCGAAGUGGAAGGAGUCAAGAAUAUUAUGACCCAGAACGUGGAGAGGAUCCUGGCCCGGGGAGAAAACUUGGACCAUCUCCGCAACAAGACAGAGGAUCUGGAAGCCACAUCCGAGCACUUCAAGACCACAUCGCAGAAAGUGGCUCGGAAGUUCUGGUGGAAGAACGUGAAGAUGAUCGUCCUCAUCUGCGUGAUCGUUUUUAUCAUCGUCCUCUUCAUCGUGCUCUUUGCCACGGGUGCCAUCCCUUAAGUAACUUAGGAGACCCCUCCCACCCUGUCCUCCUCUUCGGGGCAACUUUUCAUAGUGGGUGCCAAAAGGGGACCCUCUCUCCUGUCUUUCUCCGCAGGAAAUGUUGUUUGGUCUUCCUGUCCCUCACUCUCCGGUCCUUCCUCCACACUGUCUACCCCAGGGAGCACCUCGAUCCCCGGAAGGAGAGAGCUGGACUGUGGCUGUGUUUUGGGGGUCCUCAGAGUGGUUGGAGAGACCCAGAGGGCCCAGCAUGUGGCUGGGAAACUGAUGGAACUGAUGGUGGCUGGUGGGCAAUAAAGACCUCUUAGUGUU